GAGCUAUCUAUGACCUUCGCAUCUACGCAGUCAGAAGAGCCUCGACUGACUACCUAGGCGAAAUUCAGCUCGAUUCAAGAGAAAGAGGUCUGCGCAAAAGAUCAACAAAUCAUGGCUCCGUACGGUGAUCUGCACAGGGUGAUGUUGCAGACUCUGAUGUCACGCCGAGCCGUCGAGCAAGAAACAGCGAACGAACUGUACAGGAGAGCCUAUCUGGCCGUCAAGGGUAGAGAGUUUGGAUCUGCGAGCGUCUCUAAAGAGUUACAACAAUUAUUACAAGACCUGCAAAACAAGAUUAUAAGGCUCGAUCUGGACAUCCGAAGGUUUCCCGAACAGAACGACACGAAGCGACAUUGGAUAUGUUUGGUGAACAAAAGACCGUUGGCGGACGCGAACGAACUGUCCAAAGCCGUUUCGGACCUCUCGCCUUUGGAGAUCAGUUACUACCGAGAGAUUGUGUUGCAAGUGGUCGACUCAUACCCAGCCAACUCUAUCGGCUCGAAACAGGCUCUGCAGACUGCAAGCGGACUGGACACUCCGAUACCGAAGACUAAUGCAGAGGCGUUGCUUCGAGCUCUCGUAUCGCGGGGCUGGCUCGCGAAGUCAUCUCGGGGAAGGUAUUCCCUAGGCAUCCGGGCAAUAGCCGAGCUUAGCGAUUGGUUGCGGGAAACAUAUGGGGAUCCUGCUGAAGGUGACAGUAUCCUCAACUCGUGCUCGUUCAAGGCGUCGAAAUCGAUCGAAUGCAAGGAUCUGGUCUUGACCGGGUGGAAGUGUGAACAGCCAGAUUGCGGAGCUCAUAUCCAUCACUUUUGCAAAUCGAGGAUGAUUAAGGCAAAGAAAUCGACAUGCGGUGCAUGCGGCCAGCCGUUCGAUCCUCAGGCGGAAGGAGGAAUCGAGAUGUCACCGAUUGGGGAAGACGCAGUCUCGGAAGCGGACGAUAAUAGGGUCGUAGCCUCGAAACGAGGCAAGAAGAGACGGAGUGAGGCUGCGAACGGAAACGGACACGGGUCAGAAGAACCAGAAGCUAGUGUCGGGGAGGAAGACAGUGAAGAUGGGGAUGAGGUUGCAAGGCAAGGAGAGGAGAGGGGACGAGCGAGCCGGCGAUUAGCGUCUCAGGUCCCGGUCUCUCAGGUGGAAGGUUCCGAGGCGGAUGAUUCGCAAGAGUAUGAGAGCGAGUAGCACGGUGGAUUUCGCCAAGUAAGCCUCACUAUGCGAGCAUGACGUCGAGGCUAGCAUGAGAUUGACUAUCACCUCUGACUUUGUCCGCUGCGCACGAAGGACCUAGAUAGGUUGCGUUGAGG